AUGAAUAGCAUUUCCCAAAGAUACACACACGCCAAUAACAACUCGGUGAUGAACGAGAUAGACUCGGCAAGAAGCGAGACUUCUGGCAACCACCAAUUGGAAUUGGCACCCUCCAUCCAAUUGCCUCCUAUAUCACAGCCAACUGACUUCUUGAGGGCCCACACAGACGAUGCGUCCAACCCCGACUGUAAGAUCAAGAUUGCCCACGGUACCACCACAUUAGCAUUCCGUUUCCAAGGAGGUAUUGUUGUUGCCGUGGAUUCCCGUGCUACCCAGGGUAACUGGAUUGCGUCGCAAACCGUGAACAAGGUCAUUAGAAUCAAUCCAUUCUUGUUGGGUACCAUGGCUGGUGGUGCUGCCGACUGUCAGUACUGGGAGACCUGGUUGGGUACCCAGUGUAGAUUGCACGAGCUCAGAGAAAAGGAAAGAAUCUCGGUGGCUGCUGCCUCCAAGAUCUUGGGUAACUUGGUGUACCAAUACAAGGGCAUGGGAUUGUCCAUGGGUACUAUGAUUUGUGGAUACACCAAGAAGGAGGGUCCUGCCCUCUAUUACGUCGACUCCGAUGGUACCAGAUUGAAGGGUGAAAUGUUCUGUGUCGGUUCCGGUCAGACCUUCGCGUACGGUGUGUUGGACUCCGCGUACAAAUGGGACUUGACUAUCGAAGAGGCCUUGUAUUUGGGUAAGAGGAGUAUCUUGGCCGCCACCCACAGAGACGCCUACUCUGGUGGUUCCAUAAACUUGUACCACGUUGCCGAGUCUGGAUGGACCUACCAUGGUAACUACAACGUGGGCGAUAUUUUCUACGACAUCAAAGAAAAGGAACAGUCCUUCAACAAUGUUGAUGGAUAA